GGCCCCCCACCCCUUAACUCUUUGUUCCCAAAGUCCAAACAAACAUUUACUCUCACAGAGGAAAACUUAAAGGUGCAAUUUGAUCCAUCUGUAUCCUUAAAUACAGUUCCCUCUUUACACAAACCUUUUUACAGCAAUUCCUUUGCUUUUCAGAUCCAAACUCCCAAGAAAAGCCUUGUUUAUGUUGACUAGAGCUUACUAAUAGUCUCUGCUAUACUUCUCCUCGACCAUCUGCACGUUUCGACUUUUAGUUCUUUUAUCAAAAAUCCCUAUCCCCUAUAUAGCUUCUUUAGCAAAAAGCCUAUUAUGAACCCUCCUCCUUUUGCUCUCUCUCCCCUUAUACACAUAACAUGCAAAUCAUAAGGCACUCAUGAGAUAAUCACAAACUCAAUCCUUUAAACUUCAUUUUCUCUCUUUUCAAGAGACCCCUUUUUAAAAGGCCCUUCAUUUUUUCCAGCUAAAAAUUAAUAUGAGGGACGGAGUUUCAACGGUGCCUGAUCUUUCUUUACAGAUCAGCUUACCGUCAUGUAUUUCAAAAAGUGAUCAGUUCAAAGAAGUUGUUGGCUUUGAUUCAACAACGGAUUCCGGUAGCAGUGCUAGUGGGGGAAGCGAUUUGAGCCACGAAAAUAACGGAUUUUUUCACCCAGAUAAAAAUAAAGCGUUUAAUCUUCCAUUAAUUCCAUCUUUUGAGCCAACCCUAAGUCUAGGGUUCGCGCAACUACCAAUAAAUAGAAACGUUGUUCAUCAUCAUCAUCAUCAUCAGCAUCAGCAUCACCAGCAUUAUCAGCCACAAAUAUACGGCCGUGAUUUCAAGAGAAGUUCGAGAUUGAUUAGUGGAGUGAAAAGAAGUGUUAGAGCUCCUAGAAUGAGAUGGACUUCAACUCUUCAUGCCCAUUUUGUUCAUGCUGUUCAGCUUCUCGGUGGACAUGAACGAGCAACACCAAAAUCCGUGCUAGAGUUAAUGAAUGUGAAGGAUCUAACCUUAGCUCAUGUGAAGAGUCACUUACAGAUGUAUAGAACAGUGAAGAGCACUGACAAAUCCACAGCUAAAGGGCAGACAGCGAAUAUAUUUAUGAACCCAAACAAAGGGAUUAAUAUUGGUGAUGAAUAUGAAAAAUCUUGUGAGGAGAUUGAUACCAUUAAUAUAACUGGCCCUUCAGUAUCACUAUCAAGCACCAUACCACAAAAUAUGGCUCAUAUCAGCAGGGAUCCGUUGUCAUUCAUGCCUGAAGAGACAAAUGCAUGGAGCCACUCAAAUAGAGAAACAUUUGCUUAUCCUCACAUCUACUCAAAUAUGGGUGGAGUUGAGACAGCCGAUAACAAAUCUUCUAAUGAUACAUUGGUUAAUCUUGAAUUUACACUAGGAAGACCAAGCUGGAAAAUGGGAUAUGGUGGAUCAUCCUCAAAUGAUUCGACUCUUCUCAAGUGCUAAAAUACUGGAUUAUGUAGAGUUUAAACUAAUUAAUUAAGUUAACGUAGUUAUUAGUUAUAGUUUUCUGUGUGACUGCAGGAGUAUGGUUCAAUUUUGUCUUGACCACGAAAAAAGAGAAAAGCUUUUAGUUGAUUUUGCUAAAUCAUUUUAAGGUUAGGUCACAAAUUUGAUGUGGCUAAUGAUUCUCUUCCAUUGAGUAUGUAUCAUUUUUUUUUUCUAGAAGAUUUUCUCU